CCAGUGGACGUGACUCUGGAUCCAGACACGGCUCAUCCCAAACUCGUCCUGUCUGAGGAUCGGAAACGUGUGAGACUCGGAGACACACGCCAGGAUCUGCCCGACAACCCUGAGAGAUUUGAUUAUUCUGUCUUUGUUCUGGGCGCUGAGGGGUUUACAGACGGGAGGCGUUACUGGGAGGUGGAGGUGGGAGACAAGACAGGCUGGACUCUGGGGGUUUGUAGGGAAACUGUGAGCAGGAAGGGGAAGGUCAAACUCUCACCUAGGAAAGGACACUGGGCCGUGUGGCUGAGGGAUGGGGGAUACAAGGCCCUCACCUCCCCCUCGACCCCCCUCCCCAUGAGCGUCAGGCCCAGCCGGGUGGGGAUUUUCCUGGACUAUGAGGCAGGCGAGGUCUCGUUUUACAAUGUGAAUGACAGGUCCCAUCUCUUCACUUUCACUGGCACCUUCUCCGGGAAGCUCCGUCCUUAUUUCAGUCCUGGUCUCAAUGCUGGGGGUACAAACGCGGCUCCCCUGAUAAUCUGCCCGGUCCCAGCUCAGGCCGGAGGGAAUCUCUGUCCCUGACAGUGACCCCGCAGCACAGACUGGCCCC